AGUGAGGUCUCAGGUAAGUUGAACCCUACCGACCGUAAAUACACCUCGGAACAUGAAUGGGUCAAGAUCGAAGAGGGCAGCUUGGCCUUGGCCGGCAUUACCGAGUAUGCCCAGGACCAGUUGGGCGACAUCGUCUAUUUCGACCUGCCCCAGCCCGGCUCGACUGGUACGCAUCUGAAAAAAAUGGGAGAAGUGGAAUCGGUCAAGGCGGUCUCCGACCUGUUCUCUCCGAUCACCGGAGAGGUUGUCGAGGUGAACCAGCGCUUGCGGGACCACCCGGAACUGGCUAACGAGGACCCUUUGGGUGAAGGCUGGCUGUUGCGGGUCUCAGUCAACGACUUGUCCGAAUUAGACCAGCUCAUGUCGGCUGAGGAAUACGGAUCAUACAUCAGUGCUGAGCUUUUCCACGACAUUCCGGAAGUCUACCGGGAUCCGCCGCUUAACUUGCCGGGACCCACAUCGGAAUUAGAAGUACAACGGGAACUGGCCGCUUUAGCGUCGAGAAAUCGCCCUCUCAACAGCGGCCCUUCAUUUCUGGGUGCCGGGUCGUACAACCACUUCAUCCCUUCGGUCGUAAAAGCGUUGAUGACUAGGGGCGAGUUUCUGACCGCUUACACUCCCUACCAAGCUGAAGCCAGCCAAGGCACUCUACAGGUUAUCUACGAGUUCCAGACCCUGAUCAGCAACCUGUAUGGGAUGGAAGUGGCCAACGCGGGGAUGUAUGACGGGGCGACGAGCUUGGCCGAGGGCGUGUUGAUGGCAUGCCGCGUUACCCGGCGCAACCGGGUCGCCGUGUCCGACAGCCUCUCUCCCAUCUACCGGCAGGUGAUCGAGACCUACUGCCAAGCCCAGGGCAUCCAGAUAUUCACUGUUUCAUUGAGUGACUCACUGUCUCUGGACGAUCAAACGGCUUCGCUGGUGGUCCAGUACCCCAACUUCUAUGGGUAUAUCGAAGACAUGGGAGCACUGGCCGCUGCCGCCCACAGUCAGGGCGCACUGUUCGUUGUGUCAGCCGACCCUACGGCCAUGGGAUGUUCCGAAAUCCCCCGGACACUACGGUGCGGACAUAGUAACCGGGGAGGGUCAACCUUUGGGGAUCCCGCAGAGUUAUGGCGGCCCUCUCUUAUUCGCUGGGUUGCCACCAAGCACGAGUACAUCAGGCAAAUGCCCAGCAGGUUAUCGGGGCGGACGGUGGAUAGCCAAGGCAGGACCGGUUACGUGCUAACGCUCCAAACGCGGGAGCAGCAUAUUCGGCGAGAACGGGCCACCAGCAACAUCUGCACCAACGAGGCCCUUUACGCCCUAGCAUCCACGAUAUACUUGGCUGCCUUGGACUGGCGGGAACAGGGACACUUCCAAGUUGUUGAUGGAGCGGAGUGUGCCUGGUCGGGUUGGGUCGAUAUUGCCCGAUUCGGACGUGCCGCACCAACCGUUGCCGGACCAGUCGCUGCUCCGGACAGACUGGAGCUUCCGAGAGAGUAUCCCGAAGCCCGGAAGUGGUGCCGCGACGGUCACCGCAACUGA